AUGGGGAACAUCUUUGGCAACCUGCUGAAGAGCCUGUUAGGGAAGAAAGAGAUGAGGAUCCUGAUGGUGGGGCUGGAUGCUGCAGGGAAGACCACCAUCCUAUACAAACUGAAGCUGGGAGAGAUAGUCACCACCAUCCCCACUAUCGGGUUUAACGUGGAGACGGUUGAGUAUAAGAACAUCAGUUUCACGGUGUGGGACGUGGGUGGCCAGGACAAGAUCAGGCCUCUGUGGAGACACUACUUCCAGAACACACAGGGUCUGAUCUUCGUGGUGGACAGUAAUGAUCGUGAGCGGGUGAAUGAGGCUCGAGAGGAGCUGAUGAGGAUGCUGGCUGAGGACGAGCUACGAGACGCCGUGCUUCUUAUCUUCGCUAACAAACAGGACCUGCCCAAUGCCAUGAACGCAGCAGAGAUCACAGACAAGCUGGGGCUCCACUCCCUCCGUCACCGCAACUGGUACAUCCAGGCCACCUGCGCCACCAGCGGAGACGGUCUAUACGAGGGCCUCGACUGGCUGGCCAAUCAGCUGAAGAACAAGAAGUGA